AUGGCAAUUCUUCGUAGAAAUUAUUGUUAUACUGAAUUCGGAACCGGCCGUGUCUUCUGCAGGUCGCCAUGGAGCUACUGGGGUCGCUGGGUAGCUCUCGUAAUAAUCAUCAUGUCCACCUUCUUCAUCUUCCUUGCAUUUGCCUGCAUCUCCUCCCGCCGCCGACGUCGUCGCGGCCAACAACCCUUCCACGGGACCGGCUGGGCUGCUCAGCCACCCUUCUGGCAACAGGGUCGGCAACAGAACCAAUAUCAAUAUCCCAGUGCUCCCCCACCCCAGUAUACCCAGGGGAACUACUACGCGCAAAAACCAUCCUCUUUCGGCGGCCAGCAAUAUCCACCACAGGAACAGGGUGUCGAGCUGCAGCCUCCGCAAAAUGUUUAUCGAGCCGGUGAACAGGUCUAUCAACCACCAGUUGGCCCUCCUACGAUGAAUAAGUAA